AUGGCGGACUCUAAGGAGGCGGGGGCCGAGGCUCCGCCGGCCGGGGCCGCUGCUCGGGGAGGGCUCAGCCUCCUAUCCCAAGGGGAGUCUGAGGAACCUUCUGCACAGGGAUCAGCUUUAUUUCUCGGAGGCAAUGAAGUGAAAAGCCGAGCUGUGGUGAAAUACUCUUCUGCCCCUCCUCGGACAGCAUUUGCACGCCUCGAAGAGAAAACAGACUUGAAACUCCCACCUGCCAACUGGUUACGAGAGAGUGCCAAGCUAGGACCGGCAGGAACUACCAUUCUUGGCAAUAGUAGGAAAAGCAAGCCAUUUUCCAGUUUUGGGAUGGCAUACGACUUUAUUGAUUCAGUGGGAAACGAUGUGGAUGUUGUCUCUGACUCUGAAAACAUAAAAAAGCUUCUGAAGAUUCCCUACAGCAAAUCACAUGUGAGCAUGGCCGUGCACCGCAUAGGAAGGACUCUCUUGUUAGAUGAGUUAGAUAUCCAGGAACUCUUUAUGAGAUCAUCUCAGACUGGUGAUUGGACAUGGUUAAAAGAGUUUUAUCAAAGACUUAUUGAUCAGAAGUGGCAGAGGAAGAAAAAAAGCAAAGAACACUGGUAUCAGAAGGCUAUUCUUUCAAAGUUUUUGUAUUACAGUAUCAAUGGCGAUGGAGCUGCUCAGCCUGUCCCAUCUGCCACAGAACAGCAGGAGUCAUCCAGUUCUGAUCAGACCAAUGAUUCAGAUGGAGCUUCGUGGCCCGCCCCCUUUGAAAUGCCUUCUUCAGUCUCUGAAGACCCCAGUGCUUCCAGUCAGGGAAGUGAGCCUCUUGAACCCUCAUACAUAGUGGGGCAUGUGGCCUCAGCGCCUAAAGAACAAAACCUGACUCCUUUAUUCAAUGACGGGGAGAACAGUCAGGGUCUUAAAAAUGAUUUUGUUCGGAAUAUUUUAUGGACAUUUGAAGACAUACACAUGUUAGUUGGCUCCAACAUGCCUAUCUUUGGAGGCGGCCGAUAUCCAGCAGUCAGCUUACGUCUCAGGGAUAACAACAAACCAAUUAAUGUGCUAACUGGAAUUGACUAUUGGUUGGACAACUUGAUAUGCAACGUGCCAGAGCUUGUCAUGUGUUUUCAUGUAAAUGGAAUUGUGCAGAAGUAUGAAAUGAUAAAGACAGAAGAGAUUCCCAACUUGGAAAACUCUAAUUUUUCUACUAAAGUCAUAAAAGACAUUGCACAAAACAUUUUAUCAUUUUUGAAAUCUAAUUGUACCAAGGAAGGACAUACCUAUUGGCUAUUUAAAGCCAGUGGCAGUGAUAUAGUGAAGCUCUAUGAUCUCACUACUCUUUGUGAAGAAACUGAAGACAAAUACCAAAAUCCAUUCACAAUGCCAGUGGCUAUUCUUUUAUAUAAGGUUGCUUGCAACAUGAUGAUGAAGAAGAAUCAAAAUAAGAAACACUACGGGACAGUUCGAACCCUGCUUCUGAAUUGUGUUAAAUUGCUGGACAAAAGCAGACAUCCUCAAAUUAUUGCUUCAGCCAAUUACAUGCUUUCAGAACUUUUUCAAUUGGAUGAACCUAAAAAAGAAGAAAGUUCAGAAUCUCCAUUAAAUGAGAAUUCUGAUGAAAGUUACAGUGAAGAGGAGGAGGAGAUGCCAGACAGUGAUGAAAACGGAUCCUACAGCACCGGUUCUGACCCAUCAGAUGAUAAUAAAGCAGUAGCGAUAAUUAAGUCUGUUGGAGAGUUGUCGGUUCCAGAAAAAUACAAAUCCAUUCAUCAAAUCAGACCCAGUUGUGCGUUUCCGGUUUGUCAUGACACAGAAGAGCGCUGUAGACUUGUGCUGAGCUAUGUUCUGGAGGGUUUAAAGUCUGUGGACAGCAGCAUCAAAAAAGAAAGUGACCUCCCUGCCGCUGACCCCAACACCCCAAUCCCAUUAAAAUAUGAGGAUGAAUCCACAAGAGGGGGUCCUGAGGGCCUAGAGAAGCAGAUGGCCUUGUUUUUGGACAAAAUGGGCUCCCUUCAGAAGGGUAAUUAUUCCAGUCAGUCUGGAAUGAUCCCUGGUUCUUGGCAACAUAAAAUGAAGCUCCAGCUGAUUCUCAAGUCAUCGAAGGCCUACUACGUCUUGUCUGAUGCUGCCAUGAGUCUUCAGAAAUACGGAAGGGCAUUACGAUACAUUAAAUUAGCUUUGCAGAGCCAUGAUACUUACUGCUGCCUCUGCACCAAUAUGCUUUCUGAAGUACUGCUGUUUCUUUCUCAAUAUUUGACACUCUGCGGUGAUAUCCAGCUAAUGCUGGCCCAGAAUGCAAACAACAGGGCAGCACACCUUGAAGAGUUUAAUUACCAAACGAAAGAGGACCAGGAGAUACUGCACAGCCUCCACAGGGAGUCCAGUUGUCAGGGAUUUGCAUGGGCCACUGAUUUGUCUACAGACUUAGAAAGUCAACUUUCAGUUAGCUGUAAAUGUUAUGAGGCUGCUAAUGAAAUCUUGCAGUUUAGUGACUUAAAAAGUCAAAACCCAGAACACUAUGUACAAGUAUUGAAGAGAAUGGGAAACAUUAGAAAUGAAAUCGGUGUCUUUUACAUGAAUCAGGCUGCUGCAUUACAGAGUGAGAGACUAGUGAGCAAAACUGUGUCCACUGCAGAGCAACAGUUGUGGAAAAAAAGCUUUUCUUGUUUUGAAAAGGGAAUUCACAACUUUGAGUCAAUCGACGAUGCCACAAAUGCGGCCCUUUUAUUGUGUAACACGGGGCGACUCAUGCGGAUUUGUGCACAGGCGCACUGUGGCGCAGGUGAUGAGUUUAAACGUGAAUUUUCACCAGAGGAAGGCUUGUAUUACAAUAAGGCAGUUGAUUACUAUCUGAAAGCUCUAAGGUCCUUGGGAACACGGGACAUACACCCAGCCGUCUGGGACUCGGUGAAUUGGGAGCUGUCCACCACUUAUUUUACGAUGGCAACUCUGCAGCAAGAUUAUGCUCCAUUAUCUAGAAAAGCUCAAGAGCAGAUUGAGAAAGAAGUCAGCGAGGCGAUGAUGAAGUCGCUGAAAUACUGCGAUGUGGAAUCGGUGUCCGCCCGACAGCCCCUCUGUCAGUACCGAGCCGCAACCAUCCAUCACAGGCUGGCGUCCAUGUACCACAGCUGCCUGAGGAACCAGGUUGGUGAUGAGCAGCUUAGGAAGCAGCACCGGGUGCUGGCAGACCUUCAUUACAGCAAAGCUGGAAAGCUUUUUCAGCUUCUGAAAGACGCUCCGUGUGAACUCCUUAGAGUACAGUUAGAAAGAGUAGCCUUUGCAGAAUUUCAGAUGGCCAGUCAGAAUAGCAAUGUUGGAAAAUUGAAAACACUAUCUGGGGCGCUUGAUAUAAUGGUGAGAACUAAGCAUGCAUUCCAGCUUAUCAGAAAGGAGCUUGCGGAGGAAUUUGAUCAGCCUAAGAGUGAAGAGACCCCUCCAGCUGCCGAUUCUUCUCCUAGUCUUAAUCGAGAAGAAGUGACAAAACUGCUCAGUAUAUUUGAAUCUCGCUUGUCAUUCCUUCUCCUUCAGUCCAUCAAGCUGCUAUCUUCAGCUAAAAAGAAAACAAGUAGUAACCUUGAUGAAGACGUAGUCCUCAAAACCAACAAGCAGGUUUACUCCCAGCUCCUGAGAGCCACUGCGAACAAAAACGCCUCUCUCUUGGAAAGAGUCGACCUCCUCAUCCAUUUGCUGGACCAGCUGGCCCGCGGCGGAGGCAGCAGCGCCGUCAUCCAGUGA